GUCGCCUUUUGAUGACGUAAUUUGUAGGCGGCUAAAUCCCCCCUUUUGUGUUUAUCUUGAGCUCCGCACAGUUGUUUGGUGGAUGGAUACGCUUUUCUGCUUAAAGAUUCUUACCUCUUCUUCCACCAUGGACUGGAAACCGUCUUGAACACGACAUACGUCUGUGCAUACAUGCAAAAAUGAACAAAGGCUGGCUGGAGCUCGAGAGUGAUCCAGGUGAGAAAUACCGACCUGCAGCUCAGCUAACAUGAGCUUUUUUUUAGAUGAACAAUUCAGCUGCUACAGGAGCGAGAAUUAAGAUUAGAAACCUCAUUUACUGCCAGUUUAAAAUAACACAAUCCUUUGUUCUUACAUUUAUCUCUUCUAGUAUUUUGAGCGAAGUUUAAUUAAGUGUUUGAUUCUUCCAGGUCUGUUCACUUUGCUGGUGGAAGAUUUUGGUGAGUAAUGAUGUUGGUCCACCUCACAAAGCUGCAAAAUGCUAGUUCCGUCUCCUCAUCCCUAAUGUUAAAGUUAUAGGGCUGCCAAUAUGAGCUGUGGAUUUCUUUUUGUGUGUAUUAAGGUGUCAAAGGUGUCCAAGUAGAGGAAAUCUAUGAUCUUCAAAGCAAGUGUCAAAGGUUUGUAAGCGAUCAGGUUCACUCUCUGUUUUUCUUGUUUCUACAAAGACUAAGUACAGAAACAGCAUAUUAAAUUCUUGUGGCAUUUUAUCUUCCAGUCCUGUCUAUGGCUUCAUUUUCCUGUUUAAGUGGAUUGAGGAACGUCGAUCCAGGAGGAAAGUAAACACUUUGGUGGAUGAAACAUCCGUCAUCGAUGAGGAAAUCGUUAAUGAUAUGUUUUUUGCUCAUCAGGUAAGUGCUCAUUUGUUUGUAUAUGAUGGUAGUAUUGUGGUCAGUACUGUUUUUGGCUUGGUGUGUCAAUCAAUCAAAUUUUAUUUAUAUGGCGCCAGUUCACAACAGUCGUCAUCCCAAGAUGCUUUCCAAAGAAAAAGAGCAGGUCUAGACCACGCUCAUUGUUUGAUGAAUUAUCAAGACCCAACCUAAUAUGGAAUUUGGCCCCUCUCAUCUAACAUGAGUGACAGUGGCAAGGAAAAACUUCCUUUUAACAGGCAGAAACCUUGGGAAGGACCAGACUCAUACUAGAGAGCCACCAGGCCGCUACUGGGUUGGGGAGGAAUACAGAAAGAUAGGGGGAGAGAGAGUGAGAGGUGUAGGAGAGAGGGCAGGGGGAGAGAAAGAAAACAAAACAGAGGGAAGGAGAGAGAGAAUAGGUAAAGGGAGAUGAAGGAAGAGAGAGUAGAGAACGAGGGUGAGAGAGAGAGAGAGAGAGAGAGGGGACAGCAGCAACAUUAAAACAACAGCAACAACAACAACAGCUCAUGCAGUGAUAAAACAAAAUGAAUUCAGUUUUACAGAAUUAGGAUAUAAGUAAUUAUGGACUAUGUUAAAUUAAUUUAAUGUGAUUACAGUCAGCAGGCCUAAUAGUUGUUAACUCUAGCUUUAUUGUUUGUGCAAGAACUUGUCAUGUUACUGAGCUAAGCCCAGAAUAAAAACACAGCGCCUCUAAAUACAAGUCAUGUUAGGGGUGAGUUUAAAUCUUGACAAAAAGCUCACAGAUUACAGUGAUUUGUUUCCAAGCUAUUGCUUAUUCAAUCCAGUGGAGAAAAAAGAUUUUAAAAAAUAACAAGUAACUUAUUGGGACUCAAAUUCAUUCAUUAAAAUGUCCAGUGUGUUUUGAUUAUUGACCAAAAUUGAUUUUAAAAAUUUAUAAAAUUGUGAAAACCAGUAAUUUGAGGAAAUUCAAACAGCAGUAAAUUAUUCUGGCUGUUCUCACAACUCUAAAUUCACUCACAUACUGUAAUACCUUAUAUUUAUCCAUCCUUGCUUGUGUUGGCAGUCGUGGCCAAAGGACGAUUCAGACAAUUUUCUGUACUUUCUGGUUGGUUUCUACUGUCCAGUAUUGUAGCAAGCUAUCUUAUGUUUGGGCUCAUGAACGUUAUUCGUGGAGCAUGCCUCACAACACGAGGAAGCAGCGUCUGCCUCACAACUAAUCAAGUUGGGGGAGGUGGAGAACGGCUUUGUUUACAGUCAGAAAGAGAGGGCAGCUCAAAAAUGUUAAAAUGUUGACUACACAGACAUGAGAGAACACAGCGAUAUCAUGAUAUUCCCAAAUGUCAUCGAUAACUAAUAGCUAUUGACUGAUAUUAAAAGCUUUUUUGUAUAUACACCACAAAAAAAGAUGUGUCUUUAACAGAUUCCUGCCUACCCCACCUUUAAGUACAUCUUUCUUAUAAUCUGGAGUGUAAAGAGGAGCUGAAAGAAAAAAAGAAAUGUUUUUUUUUUAAGUACUGUGACCGUUCUAUUGAUCACAAACAACUCAACAUAUUAAAGAUAGGGAUCUUCCAAACACAUUCACAUGAAAAAAAUUUGACAGAAAUCAGAGGGAGAAGGAGUGGGCAUCAUUUGACAUUAUUUUUACCUCCAGCACUGUUAAAGCCCUUCUUUGCACUUCAAUUCCACAAUACACUUAAAUACAUUGUUAACAGAACAAUGUUUUAGAUUGUUUAUACCAUCUUUUUUUUCUUCCUAGCUGAUACCAAAUUCAUGUGCUACACACGCUUUGUUGAGUGUGCUACUGAACUGCAGUGGAGUUGAGCUCGGCACCACCCUCAGUCGCAUAAAGGCUUUCACAAAAGGCUUCAGUCCAGAGGUAAGACGUAGCUCACACUCAGACUCAUGUCUUUUUUUAUAGUGUAGAUGUAUUGUGUGUUGUCUCACAGCUUUUGUUUGGGAUCCAACUAUGUCAUGUGUUUGUUUCACAGGUAGAAAUAGUAAAAGGUUAGAAAUGAUGUAUUCUUUAAAGCAUUGUGAAUUUAUAAAAAAUGAACUGAAAUUUGUAAGAUUUUUGUCUUGCCCGUUAACUGUUACCUUCCUGAACAGGUCAUUUUGCCAUCUCUUUUCCCCUUUUUAAUCUUUACUCCUCUUUUUCCUCUACUGCAAUGUCAAACUUUGCUUUUCAUGUAUUUUCAGAGCAAAGGGUAUGCAAUAGGAAACGCCCCAGAGCUUGCCAGAGCACAUAACAGCCAUGCCAGGUAGGUUACAGUCAGUGUUUCUGUUUUACAUUUCCUGGUGUCUGUGUGAAAAGGAAAAUCCACUCUGCUCGCUUUGUUGUACUCUGUGAUACGUUCGGUUUUAUGCUUCCAUCAGUUUCUCAAGCUCUCUUUCUGUGUUUCUAUGGAGACCGGAGCCCAGGCACCUGCCGGAGAAACAGAAUGGGAUCAGUGCUGUGCGAACCAUGGAAGCUUUCCAUUUUGUGAGCUAUGUGCCUAUCAAAGACCGACUCUUCGAGCUUGAUGGACUCAAGGCUUACCCCAUUGACCAUGGCAAGGGCACAGAGUCACACUGAUUUGCAGCAGUUUGGCUGCCUUGGAACAACUGAAAUCUUAUUAAAGUUCUGAUUCAGAUUUAUUUUUCUAUAGAGAAUUGAGUUCAGCGAAUUGAGACCUCCUUUUAUAUUUUAUUAUCGUUUUAAGCCAAAUAUCACUUUGCCAAAAGGCGAUCUGUUUUUCUGCUACUCAUUCUGCUGUUUUUCUGCUAAAUUCACCUCCUGUUUCUACCAAGAAAAUUGAUUUUGAUCUUUUAAAAGUUACCUGGAGACAUUAGUGUAAAUCAUUCUUGUCAUUUUUGAUUUUGUGAAGGAUUUCAUCAACAUGUUUGGAGAUGUUUGUUCAAUGCUACAGCUGCUAAGUACUCAUCUUCUUGAAAUUGCCUCUCAAAUAAAGUCUAAUAUUUCCCUCUGUAUCAGGCCCUUGGGGAGAGGAGGAGGAGUGGACUGAUAAGGCUCGGCGGGUAAUCAUGGAGAGGAUUGGACUGGCCACUGCUGGGUGAGUCAUGAGCCGGCGAGCUCAAACUCACCUUCCACAUGCACCCUUAGGGUUUUAUUCUCAUGCUGUUCCUCUGCUCUAUUUUUCCAGUGAGCCGUAUCAUGAUAUUCGCUUCAACCUGAUGGCGGUGGUGCCUGACCGUAGGAUGAAGUACGAGUCCAAACUGGACAUUCUUAAGAGGAAUCGACAGACUGUUCUGGAGGGUCUGCAGAAGGUCAGUUUUAUUACAAAAUAGCUCAAAUCACAUUCGCAAACCCACAGCUCCAGGAGAGAUGAAUUACUGGUUCAGGUUUCUAUUUCAGUUCACUUUCUUUUUGUAGUUUAUCUAAGUGAAAAUUCAACAAUGUCCCAAAUUUAACCAUAGAGGAACUACUUUUUCCUUGUCUUCAACCAUGGUUGAACAUUAUGUAGAACAUGUUUUAUGUGUUUUUGUGUCAUCAGAUGAUCCGGCUCACUCAGCCUGAGCUUGUUCAUGACAAGAAGCAGCAAGAAUCCUCCUCUCCUGAUGACAGCACAGCUGGGAUUAAGAAGGAGGUCGAUACAGAGCCAGUUACAUCACAGGGGACUGAGCAGGCUUCUUCAGGUGAAUUGAUGGAUUAUCUUAGAGCAACUUUUGUUUAAAUAUAUAGUGUCUGAGUCAUACAGAGGCUUUGAUGAAAAUUCAGCUAAAAUUCACUGAAAUCUUUCUGUAGAUGCAGUGGAUGAGUCAGGAGGUCAGACUAAGGAUGCUCCCAGUACAGCAGGGAACACUAAAGUCAUGGGCAAACCGCCGGUACCCACAGGAGGGGGUGCUCAACAGGUCACCAGUCCAAACCCCAUCGUUCAACGCCUGCCAGCUUUCCUGGACAACCACAACUACGCCAAGUCCCCAAUGCAGGUAAAAGAAGAAUGCAAUUUCUCGCUCCCAGUUCAAUCACAAGGGAAUAGAUUUCGUUUUUCGUUUGUUUGUUUUAUAUCUCAAUCCAGUCUGAGGGGGGUAGGUGUCAGCCCUGCGCCCCGAUGAAACAGCCAAAUUCCAAAAAACACUCAUCAAAUAUUCACAAUGAAUGAUAAAUUUGACUGUCAAACGUCAGCACGAUGACAUCAUUGGUCCACAAUUUCUACUCAAGCGUUUGAAGAAUAUUAUGAGCAGAGACUACUUUGUCCACAGGGGGCGCCAAAUUGACACAAACCAAAGUUGAAGUUGUUGCAGAUAACUUCUCUGAAUAGAGUGCUUUCUUAAACUCGAUAUUUAUCAUCAGAAAGAAAAGAUGAAUUGAAUUCUUUUGUCUAAGUUUUUGUUAAUUAGUUUCUUUAUUAAUUUAUAAAUUGACCAAAUGUUUCGGGUGAAAGUGUUUCAAGGUCAACUUAGUUAUGUAAAAUGUUAACUUUACAUUUCCCUGAUUAGUUUUUAAUGGGGUCUUUAAAUUACCAAUAACUAACCUUUCAUCUUGGUUACAUAGAUGUGUAAUUUAAUGUUUAUUUUCAAAGGUUUCAAUAACAGAGGUGUUAGUUUUUAUUCUCCUGGGGGUAGUUUUCUGUUCCUGUGACUGCAUUUGGUUUCCAUGGAAAUCUGACAUUUUCCAAUGUGCCACUUUCAGGACACCUUAGAUAUACACCAUCUCACCUACUUUCAAAGGAGCAGGUGUUACAUUCAGGGUUUGCCAUGACUACCCUCUCCUUACGUCAGCUCAUAUGUCCCCUGUCGCUUUUAUCUGAUCUCACUCUUAAUCAUUUUAUUAUGUGAAGUGACUUGUUUCUCUAAGAUUUUCUACUCAGAUAAUACAAAAAUAUUAGUUUUACAGAGGUUCUUGUUUUCAAGUUGGGCUAAACAAACAUUUAAUAGUUGCAUAAAAUUUGUUCCUGGAGCUUUGUUUGAGAUUUUUUUCAUUUGCAGGAAGAAGAGGAUCUGGCUGCAGGAGUCGGUCGCUCUCGUAUACCUCCACAAACCCCCUACUCAGAUGAUGAAGAUGAUUUUGAAGAUGAGGAGGAGGAAGUAACUGGUACUGCCGGCACAUCAAACAGGUAAGCAUAUGUGUCUCUCAUUUCGUGUUUCUGGAUUUGGCUUAAGGAGGUUACUGCGGUUAAUCUUGAGAUUUCAGAUUUGUCAUAUGCCUUGAUCGAUCUGUCUUUAAGGGUCAGGCGGAAGGCGAGUUUGCGAUCACAGACAGGACGGGUGGUGACUGGGAUGGAGAGUCAGAUCGCCCUCACUGUGCUGGCUGAGAAACUGAAGAAAGAGGCUCAGAGAAAAGACGCCUUAAAUACCCCCCUCUCUGUGCGCACAGAGGGGCGCACUGGGGGCAUUUGCAUCACGUCUGCUUCCCAGCCGUCUCCCACCCCCAGCAACGAGAGCACCGACACCGCCUCUGAGAUUGGCAGUGCCUUUAACUCCCCCCUGCGCUCACCGGCUCGUUCCCAAGCUGCCACGCGGCCGUCCAGCCCUGUUGCCUCCCAUCUGUCUCGGGUUUUAUUUGGAGAGGAUGAGAUGCUACGGCUAGACUCCAGACAUAACCGAGCUGUGAGAGAGCUGGGCCCCUCUGUCAGCAUCGCCUUGUUACACCUCCAGGAAGACGGAGCCAUCUAUGCUCUGCCUCCAUCUGGUGAGUACAAGAGACGUCAUUUACUAAGUUGGCUUUAAAGCUUCUUGUCUGUCACUUUAUACUCAGAGCCCAGUCGAAGCAUAUUUAUCCUUUUCGACAGGAAAGUUGGGCGUCUUCAAUGGGAAUAAUAUGCACAUUUAAUAUGAACUUGUCUGCAUUUGGCUUUUUGUUGUUUUUAAUCGGUGCGGUAGAUACGUUUGCUGAUGGGACAAAACAGACAUCCACACCUGAGAAGAUAAAAGACAAGGAACAAACAGGCCUUGUGGCCGGAGCAACAGAAGAGAAAGAGGGAAUCAAAGCGGGAGAGGAGGGACCAUCUGUGGAGGUAAAAGAAGAGGAGGGCAAAGAUGGAGCUGAGGUGAAACCCAGCAAGGAGAAGCUCAAUGCUGCUGAAGUUGCUGCAGACAGCAAGCCUGCUGGGGAUAAGUACUCUCCCAAAGUAAGUCUGAGUAUUUUUCAUCAUGCAUGACAGAUCAGAGCUAACUAUUUUAUCAGUCUGCCAACAGAGUACUCACAUGUUUUUUUCACUUUUCUUGCUAAUUAGUGGACGAUUUCACAAGCCCUAGACAUAUCAUAAUAAACAAGUGCUUAAUCUUCUUUUCCUGCAGGAGCUGCUCGCACUGCUCAAGUGUGUUGAGGCUGACAUCGCCAAUUAUGAGGUGUACCUGAAGGAGGAAGUAGAAAAGAGAAAGAAAUACAAAGUAAGUUUUACCUGAAACUAAUUAAAAUCUUAGAUGAGAAGAUAUUUUUCUUCUCUGGUUUUAAUCCCAACUUUUUCUUCUCAUCCAACCAGAUUGAUGAUCAGAGAAGGACUCAUAAUUAUGACGAGUUUAUCUGCACCUUUAUUUCCAUGCUGGCCCAGGAAGGUAAUCAAAAACAUUGUGUCUUAAUUACAAGAGUUAGUUUUCCACUUUCUCUGGAAAAAAACGAUAGCGACUAUGUGGAAACCACAUGUAUCAGGCUACCUAUCAGGAUUCGCUGUCUGCCACCGGGUGGUUGUGCCACCAGGAGAGCUGCAGGGUCAUCAGCUGGGAGCAAAAGUAGUUCACUUUAGUAAUUCUGUUACAUGUCAACGAUGGGGAUGUCCCCCCACUUUCCCAUGCCUGGUCCUUCCCCCUUAAAGCCCAGGGCUUCCCUGCUCUUCCUCGUUGGCCAAACCUAAAGGACCUUUUUGAAUUAAUGAUAAGACAACCAACCACCCUACUACCCCACAGUUUGCUCUGUGUAUUUGUCCCUUUAUUAUAGGGGUGGGAGAAAGAAUCGAUACAGCAUAGUACCGCAAUAUUUUGUCUGGUGAUAUAUCCUCUCAUUUACCAAGUAACGAUUUUUUCAAAUUUAAUUGUUAAUAUGAAGUCAAAUCUAUGAUAAUGGAAAAAUACAAUCAACUGUUUGCCCAGUGAGGUUGGCAGAGGUGACAUCAUAGAGCAGGAGAAAGUUAGUGCAACAAAUAUAUAUAUAAAAGGGUUUGCAAGAUGUGCAUGAAAAUAUAAUAUUGUUUAAAUAAGACAAACAAAAAGGAAAGACAAAUGCUAAAUUAUCAAAACAGUUGAAAAAAUUGUAUAAAUUGCAAUAUAUGGUAUUGUAAUACUCGUAUUGCAAAAUGUGAAAAAUUGCAAUAAUAUCGUAUUGUGGCCCAAGUAUCGUGAUAAUAUCGUAUUGUGGUAUCACUGGUGAUUCCCACCCCUACUUCAUUAUAAAGCUGCCUCCAUCCCUCAGUCCCAUGAGAGUGGACGCUGCAUUCAGAUGGAAUCCACAGCCAGUAUGUGCAGUUGGAAGUAGCUGGACCAACCAGAGAGUUUUCUCAGCACAGGCCUAUUUGGAAGAAACUCACUUCAGCCCAACGGUAGAAAUGCUGGUCCUACCUAAAUUUGGAUUGACCUUGCAAAAGCAAAGAAGUGAGGGUUGGGCGAGACUCCAGCUGCCUAAAUAACAACUUCAUUGAGCUUGACUGGCAGUCAAGCCAGCCACACCCCAAGUUUAUACCACAUCAUGCAAAACAUAAUGUCUUUAAAAAACUUCCCAAAUAUGUUUAUUCCUGUGAUAAAAAAACUUGAAUUUUGUUAUGGGUGUCAGCGGGGUCUUCAGAGGUUUAAGGACCAACCUCAAGUGAACGUCUAAGAAACUGCAGUUUUUGUAUUCCCGCAAUGGCUUAAUUCAAACAUUGUCGAUUGUUGCCUGAGAAAAUGACUUAUUUUCUCAAAGUAAUGAAAUAAGAAUGGAAGAAUAAUGGAGAGAAAUUGAGAUAGCGCCACUGGUUUUGUGUGGUAGCUUAAGAAAUUGCAGUUGAUCUUUAGGGCCUAACAGAAAAAAUUAAAGAAAAGCUGUUAUUGACUCUUAUAAAGAACAGAACAGAAGCAAUACUCCCUUUUUUCUUUUUUUUAUGUGACAGUAAUACAAUCAAUAUAAUCUGAAUACAUAAAUCACAUUUACCCAUGAAUUGUCGUAAGAGAAGUAACAUAACAAGUGUAUAAAAAGAGUGAAAGGAAGUACGGAGUGGAAAGACUAAAAAGGGAUAAGUCUUGACUGUGAAACAGUAGUAACAGCUGAAACCUUGUUGCCUUGCUGCUAUUCUCCUGUUUCUUCGCUGCUCCACCUUUCCUAACGCGGUGUCUCUUUCAGGCAUGCUGGCCAGCCUUGUGGAGCAAAACAUCUCUGUGCGUCGUCGGCAAGGAGUGAGCAUUGGCCGCCUGCACAAACAGAGGAAGCCUGAUCGCAGAAAACGCUCCCGGCCUUACAAAGCGAAACGGCAGUAAUUGCAAACCUCUAACUUCUGUGAGUAACUUCCUUCACUGAGCAGCGGGCAAUCACCACACAGAAGAAAAUAACUGUGCACUCCUCAAACUGUCUCACGGAGGUGGUUCGGUAUAGUAUUUUAGUCAGAGGCUCCUCUUCAUGAAAUCAACCGUUCGAUUGGUUAUUUCUUUUAUCAUCCAUGUAUAUACAGUAUGUCUCACCAUUUUUGUCAACAUGUACAUUUUCUUUUUUUUUUAUCCCACUGAUAUUGGCGGGGUUGUAAAUAUAAAAAAGGCAUGUUCCAUUAGCGUACCUGAAUGCUUUUUAAUCUCAUCAGUCUUUCCUGAUGGAUCUUCUCUCCAGUCUUGCAGUCAGUACAGUUCGGUAUGUCCCUGAUUAUUCACUUUGGAAUCCGUAAGUCUUACUCACGUUUUUAUGGUGCCAAUGAAGCAUUGAAUGUUUCAGCAGUAAAAGGUGAUGUGUUUUAUUCCUCUGUGGCUUCUCCGUUUCCAUUUACGCUGCUAGAAGUCCAUUUUGUCACACACACACACACACACACACAAAAACAAUCUUUUAAUUGUAUUUCUCAUGGGAGUUUUUAAACUUGAGGGAAAGUCACAGAGCAUCCGGAUCUUCUUUCGUCACUGGGAUGUCUUCUCAGUCCAGGCGCUCUCGCUGUGUAUGUUUGUAUGGUCUUCAAGGUUCUGCUAAUGAAAAACAAGCUCCUGUGUUAAUUUUCUACCUGAAAAUAGCUCUCAUUGUGAGUAAUUAUGAAUAAGUCAGAGGUGUGCACUUCUGUGUUUUUGUACAUAUGUAUCCGUUAAAUGGCUUACCUGUACAUUUAGUUCCAUUCUUUUUUUUGCUUGCCAAUAAAGUAAUUGAAAAAAGUCUUGUUAUAAUCCGUUCAUAUCACCUGUCCCUUAGAGAUGCAUUCACUCACACUUCCGCUGGUAAAUGACUUUUCUAUGUCUUUGAGGCCAUUUUUUAUAGCAUUGAAAAUAAGAAUAAAAAUUAAUGUGAAAAUGUACAUUAGUAUAUCUUACCUACAAUCUCUGAAAAGCUAUUUGUUUUGAUUAAGAAAAAAACUCAAAUACCACCAAUAUGUCAGUAAGAUGUUUAUACAGGUGUUUGUAGGGUACAAAUUUUAUGAAACAAAACUGCCAGGCUUAAUUCUUUAAACAUUAAACUUCUAUGACUUUCAGGAGUAUUCAUGACUGUACAAACUCUGAUAAAUUGAUGUAACUGCAGUUUGGAGGUUUGGUUUGUGACUACAGUGUUCUGCCAUGAUAGAAAUGCUUUUAGGUAUGAUGCCAUCUGUGAACAAUAACAUGUUGACAACUGUAACUUACAAAUGGUUUCAGCUUUAAGUAGGGUUUCAUUUUUCUUAAUAUUUAGUGUGCUAAAUCAAACCUGCUUCUCAUAUUGUAGUGACAGCUUGUGUACACUAGGGAGAGCAAUCAUUUUGAGACAGUGUGCAUGAAAGCGCAUGCUGCUGUGCUGUAAGGAGGACCUCUCAGAGUGAAAUGGGCUUUCCCUUUUUCUCAGUAGAGACUGUGUUGAAGCUCAGUGUCUGAUAUGACAGCUCAGUUUAACACCCCCAACCUCAAGGAUUUUGUACUGAUAUUUUCUUCACUUUUUAUAUGCAACGUACUUUGUAACAUUGAAGCUACCAUUUAUUAUUUUGUCUUUUUUAUAUAAUAUAAUAGAUCUAAUAUGUAUGAUGCAUUAAUCAAGGCCAAAAAUUCUGAAAUGUGACAAUAUGAGCACUGGAAUACUCAUUUCUUUAAUACUAAUACUCUUUAAUACCAUGCAAUUUGCUUUUGGUCUUUUGUUACAGGCUGUUUGAUGAGGCUGGUUGCAGAUCUUGUUUUCUAGCUCUUAACUAAGAUACUACAGCAGUGACACAAUAUUAUAGCAUGAUUUUAUUUAACUCAAAUAAAACUGCUGCACUGAAAAUGUAUGGGUUGAAUAGAAUACCCACUCCUAUAUAGGAUAAAUGAAGUACAGACUUUCUAAAUAUCAGAUAUGAUACACUAACUUCUGUGAAUCAGGAUAAUAUUCAUGUUAUCAGAAAAGUGGUCCCUUAUGAUCAACUUACCCUGUGUAUGGGGUAAGUUGAACAUGGGAUUGGGGUAAGUUGAGCCAUAUUCCUACUACCCCCCCCCCC